CCUUUAAAUUUUCUUUUUGGGGGUAAAGUUCUUUUUUUUUUUUUAUCAUUCAUGAUGUUGCAGAAUCUUUAAUCCCUUUCAGAAUUUUUCAUAUCUUCUUAUGCUCCCUUUACUUGUUCCUUCCCUUAUUAUUAAUCAAUUUCUUCUACUCUUUUUCUUCAUUCACUCAGUUUCAGCUCUUCUUUAAUGCAGAGUGAUUAGAGGCUCUGAUACGACCAAAAUCUGAGAUAAGUUUGAAAAGAAUUCCCGUGCUUGAACAGAUUGUUUAAGCUUUUGAAAUCAGGUUCAGGUUUAUUACAGUAACAAUUAAAGAAGAAUAAGAAGGUUUUCUUGUUCAUAAAGUGAGAAUUUCAUUAUUAGAUUUGCUUCGUACUGGAACAUGGGGGAUCAUUUUGUGUUGCUGGUGGAUCGGCUCAUAACCGAAUCGACAUUGGAGGCUGCAAUUGAGAGCAGAAACAGGAUGAUGCAAGCAACAACAUCAGCUACGGAUAAUAAGGAAGAUCACCGGAAGGUGAGUUUCAGAGACGUAUCAUCUCCUGGGAAAUUGGUAGAAUGCAAGAUUUGCCUGGAUGAAGAUGAAGAUUCAAACAUGGAAACUCCUUGUUCUUGUUGUGGCAGUUUAAAGUAUGCUCAUCGUAGAUGUGUUCAGAGGUGGUGCAAUGAAAAAGGUGAUACUACCUGUGAAAUAUGUCACCAGCAAUUCAAGCCAGGGUAUACUGCACCACCUCCUUUGUUUCAGUUUGACCGUGUUCCCUUGAACUUCAGAGGAAAUUGGGAAAUUUCAAGAAGUGACUUAAAUAGUCAACACUUUAUAACAAUGGUGUCAACUGAUAGAAACUUCUUGGAUUCUGACUAUGAACGAUAUUCGGAUUCAGCUCCAAGAAACUUGUUAUGUUGUCGUUCUGUUGUCUUGAUUUUCAUGGUUCUUCUGGUUUUGAGACACACCCUUCCUCUCAUACUCAGUGGGAACAAUGAUUACUCCUUCCCUUUGGUUAUGUUGUUGAUUCUAAGAACCAUUGGAAUUGUUUUACCAAUCUAUGUGGUGGCAAAAGCCUUAGCAGCUACAUUAACCAAACGGCGGAAUCCACCGGACACCGCCUAUUCAUUAUCCGAGUCAUCAGAUGAAGAAACUGAAGAUUCGAUUGUGCAGCCUGAGCCUCAUGUAAUUCAUGUUCACUAAAUUGAGCUUUUGGGUUGCUUCGUGGAAAUGAACUGACAAUAAAAAGAAUGGUGAUGGAUUUUGAUCAGAUUCAGAGCCACCAUUGUUCAAUCAUAGUGUAAGUGAAGAUCAUAGUUUCAUUCUCAGCCAUUGACUGGAAAAAGCUUUCGAAGAUCAGGAUAGGCGUGACAGAAGUUGUCAAUUAAAAAAAAAAAAUCUUCAACUGACAAAAAGUUCCAUGGUAGUUGUACAGUUGAGGGAAUUGCAUUCCCAUUACUGCACAUUAUCAGAUUACUCUGUACAGUAGUGCACAUUAUCAGAUAACUCUGUACAGUGUUAGAAUUUAGAUAUAAAUAUAUAA